AUAUAUAUAUUAUAUUAGACCGUUCUCUUUCAAACCAGUCAAGUCUCAUAUAAAAUGUGAUGCAAGGAUAGCCCAGGAUAGCCAUUUCUAUGUGGGCAGAAUGUUAUACCGGGUGUCACGACCUCUCACGGCAGGGACCGAUCUAUUCUAUAUGUCUAUGGUUUUAAACGCUUUCUUAACCCAAUUCUUCUUGCGUACUAUAAACAUAAUCGUGAUAAUCGUGAAAACGUAAUUACUUUUGGCAAUUACUUAGUAAAUACUUUUUAAUAUUAAUAAAUAUGCCACGAUUGCCUUUGCAUCCUGCAUCUGGAACAGGUAUUAUUACGCCAUUCGCCAAAGCAAUACGGCUCGUUCGUUAUGGUUGCACUAAUAGACCGUUCUAUCAUAUUAUUAUAAUUGACGUUAAAAGGCAACAAAAAAAGCCACCAAUAGAACAAGUUGGUACUUAUGAUCCUAUUCCAAAUGUACACAAUGAGAAAUUAGUAUCACUCAAUCUUGAAAGAAUACAAUAUUGGUUCGCUAAAGGAGCACAGGUAACUAAACCUGUUGCGGAUUUAUUAGGACUUGCUGGAUUCUUACCUGUUCAUCCAAGAACAUACAUGAGAGCAUGGAGAAAUCGCAAAAUUUUACAGGAAAGUGCUGCUAACGAAAGUAUAUUUCAAGAACAAGCUACAUCAGAGAGUUAAGAUAUAGUUCUUUUGCAAUGGAAUUCGUUUUUUGUAUAUAUUUCACGGUUUAUCAAUAAAAUUUUCGUUAAAUAUUGUAUGGAAAAUGUAUGUAAUGUUGCAACAUUAACUUUUAAUUGUUGCAGACAUUUAAUAUAGAAUAGAAUACUCCAACUUUUUGAAGCAAACUUCUCUAUAGUUAUGAAUGUUUUUAAAUAGUACAAUAUACAGCUUUAUUGUUUGAAAAA